CCUGGCUGUAAAACGAUGGGCGCAGUUCGCCUGAGCCUUCUGCUGCCCCUUGGUUCCUCAGCCCAGCUUGUUGAAUCUCCUCCCUGGUGACAAGAAUGGGUUCGUUUUAGCAAACUUCUUAGCCUCUUCUGGUCUCAUCAUCGGCGGAUCGCAGGCUUCUCCUUCCUAAAAGUUGAUCAUGGCUUGUCCCGGUGUACGCGUGAAGCUGAGCUUUAUAUGGAGGGUGUUUUGGCUUAUGAGGACUGUGAUAGAUUUCGCGCUGCCUCAGGAGACUUAUGCACCCCAUUCGAUACGGACUGAGGGACACCUGACCCUCGGCGGACUCUUCCCGGUGCAUGCCAGAGGAAUCGAUGGUGCGCCGUGCGGGGACCUCAAAAAAGAGAACGGCAUCCAGCGGCUUGAGGCCAUGAUGUACGCUUUGGACCAAAUUAACCAGGACGAGCAACUCUUACCCAACAUCACCUUAGGCGCACGGGUGCUGGACACUUGUUCGAGGGAUACUUAUGCGCUGGAGCAAUCGUUAACUUUCGUGCAAGCGCUGAUCACGAAGGACACCUCCGACGUGCGGUGCACUAACGGGGACCCACCGGUGUUUGUCAAGCCUGAAAAAGUGGUGGGAGUCAUCGGAGCCUCGGCGAGUUCAGUAUCGAUUAUGGUUGCCAACAUCCUACGCCUCUUCCAGGCAAGUCUGAGCGUGUGCACUAGUUUUGUGGCUUUAAGAUAA